AUACUCCGAGGCGCCUGUCACAUGAGCUGCACUCCCGCUCCGCUCCCCCUCCUCCCGGCUGGGCUGUGUGAAUGAAGCUCUGCUGGCUACGUGGGGCGCUAGCUCUACUCGCUGUGUGGAACGCCAGAGCCGACUGAGCGCGCUGCCCACCGCCUGUGGACACGGGCUCCGCCGCGCCGGACCUCGGUGACAGGUUUGGGGCCUUAAGAAUCUUGCAGAACGCAGAAGCACACAGUUGCAUUUCCAUCUACGCCCUCUUCUAAGUCCCCCUUCAAAACUGGGGGCCUCUGGAAAGCUCUGAGCCUGUGACCCCAGCCUGGGAGAAGAUAGGUACAAGAUGGCCAUGUGGCAUGGAGCCAUGGAUAACAGAGGCUUCCAUCAGGGAAGUUUUAGUAGCUUCCAGAGCAGCUCUAGCGAUGAAGACUUGAUGGACAUCCCAGGGACUGCUAUGGAUUUCUCCAUGAGAGAUGAUGUGCCUCCUUUAGAUCGAGAAAUAGAAGGGAACAAGUCAUACAAUGGUGGUGGAAUAAGCUCUUCAAAUAGAAUCAUGGACUUCUUGGAGGAGCCAAUCCCCGGUGUAGGGACCUAUGAUGAUUUCAACACAAUUGAUUGGGUGAGAGAGAAGUCUCGAGACCGAGAUCGGCACCGAGAGAUUACCAAUAAAAGCAAGGAGUCAACAUGGGCCUUGAUUCACAGUGUGAGCGAUGCGUUUUCUGGCUGGUUGUUGAUGCUCCUUAUUGGGCUUUUAUCAGGUUCCCUAGCAGGCCUGAUAGAUAUCUCUGCUCACUGGAUGACAGACUUAAAAGAAGGGAUAUGCACAGGGGGAUUCUGGUUUAACCAUGAGCACUGUUGUUGGAAUUCUGAGCAUGUCACGUUUGAAGACAGAGACAAGUGUCCAGAGUGGAAUAGCUGGUCCCAGCUUAUCAUCAGUACAGAUCAGGGAGCCUUUGCCUACAUAGUCAAUUAUUUCAUGUAUGUCCUCUGGGCUCUCCUGUUUGCUUUCCUUGCCGUGUCUCUUGUCAAAGCGUUUGCACCUUAUGCCUGUGGCUCUGGAAUCCCUGAGAUAAAAACUAUCCUGAGUGGUUUCAUUAUUAGGGGUUAUUUGGGUAAGUGGACCCUGGUCAUCAAAACUAUCACUCUGGUGCUGGCAGUGUCAUCUGGCUUGAGCCUGGGCAAAGAGGGCCCUCUAGUGCACGUGGCCUGCUGCUGUGGGAACAUCCUGUGCCAUUGCUUCAACAAAUACAGGAAGAAUGAAGCCAAACGCAGAGAGGUCUUAUCAGCUGCAGCAGCUGCUGGUGUAUCUGUAGCCUUUGGGGCACCUAUCGGUGGAGUAUUAUUCAGCCUGGAAGAGGUCAGCUACUAUUUUCCCCUGAAAACACUAUGGCGUUCAUUCUUUGCUGCCCUAGUGGCAGCUUUUACACUCCGGUCCAUCAAUCCAUUUGGAAACAGCCGCUUAGUUCUAUUUUAUGUGGAGUUUCACACCCCAUGGCAUCUUUUUGAGCUUGUGCCAUUCAUUGUGCUGGGCAUAUUCGGUGGCCUUUGGGGAGCUCUGUUUAUCCGCACAAACAUUGCCUGGUGUCGGAAGCGUAAAACCACACAAUUGGGCAAGUAUCCUGUCGUCGAGGUACUCAUUGUAACAGCCAUCACUGCCAUCUUGGCUUUCCCUAAUGAAUACACCCGGAUGAGUACAAGUGAGCUCAUUUCUGAGCUAUUCAAUGACUGUGGCCUUCUGGACUCCUCCAAGCUCUGUGAUUAUGAAAACCAUUUCAACACAAGCAAAGGCGGUGAGCUGCCCGACAGACCUGCUGGCCAAGGCGUCUACAGUGCUAUGUGGCAGCUGGCUUUGACCCUCAUACUGAAAAUAGUCAUCACUAUAUUCACCUUUGGCAUGAAGAUCCCUUCUGGUCUCUUUAUCCCCAGCAUGGCUGUCGGCGCUAUAGCAGGCCGUCUUUUAGGAGUAGGAAUGGAGCAGCUGGCUUACUACCACCAUGACUGGGGCAUCUUCAACAGCUGGUGUAGUCAGGGAGCUGAUUGCAUCACACCUGGCCUUUACGCUAUGGUUGGGGCUGCGGCCUGUUUAGGUGGGGUAACUCGGAUGACCGUUUCUCUUGUUGUCAUAAUGUUUGAACUGACUGGUGGCCUGGAAUAUAUUGUGCCUCUGAUGGCUGCAGCUAUGACAAGCAAGUGGGUGGCAGAUGCUCUUGGGCGAGAGGGCAUUUAUGAUGCCCACAUUCGUCUCAAUGGAUACCCCUUUCUUGAAGCCAAAGAAGAAUUCGCUCAUAAGACUCUGGCAAUGGAUGUGAUGAAGCCCCGGAGAAAUGACCCUUUGCUGACUGUCCUUACUCAGGACAGUAUGACUGUGGAAGAUGUAGAGACCAUAAUCAGUGAAACCACUUACAGUGGCUUUCCAGUGGUAGUCUCCCGAGAGUCACAAAGACUCGUGGGCUUUGUUCUUCGAAGAGAUCUCAUUAUUUCAAUUGAAAAUGCUCGGAAGAAGCAGGAUGGGGUUGUGAGCACUUCCAUCAUUUAUUUCACUGAGCACUCACCUCCAAUGCCACCAUACACUCCACCUACCCUGAAGCUUCGGAACAUCCUGGAUCUCAGCCCCUUCACUGUGACAGACCUUACGCCAAUGGAGAUCGUAGUAGAUAUCUUCCGCAAGCUGGGACUGCGCCAGUGCCUGGUUACACACAAUGGGCGCUUACUUGGCAUCAUUACCAAAAAGGAUGUGUUAAAGCACAUAGCACAGAUGGCAAACCAAGAUCCUGAUUCCAUUCUCUUCAACUAGAAUCAUGGGGUUGUUUGGGAUAUGAAACAAGGACAUUGCGGACCAUGGAUAUAUUUUGUUAACUGGGUACCCAAAACACAUUUCCCAUAUUUGGAUGGUGAAGUCAUAUUAGUGUGUUGUCUGUUUCCUACAAGUUAACCAGUUGCACUACGUAAUUUCUGGAAAUGAAUCUCUCUAGGAGAAAGUACAGUUAGGCUUAUGUGAUACUGCAUUAGGAAGGGUUCACGAAAGAGAAACGAGAUUGCUAUGGUUUAAUUAUGUUUCUUCUUUAAAAUUUUUUUUUAAUUUAAAAAUAAUUGUUAGCCAAUAUGCAAUCACUGAAAACUAUGCAAGAAAAAUUCCAACUAUUCUGACAUAUAGCCUGCAGGAAACUCAUGAAUGCGUUAUAUGUGGGGAGGACUCUAACUGUCAUUGGUGGAAGAUGAAGUGUGAACUAAGGGGCUUUGCCUUUCAAGCUACAGAAAGGAAAGCCAGAAGGAAAUAGCAAUGGCAUUUUUCAGACUGUGAAGAUUCAGUUAAAUUCUUAUUCCUGUUACAGUAUUUAGCGUUAUUAGUUUGUUACGUUUACCUUUUCAUUAGAAGACAGUGCUGCUCUGGUUAAUCUCCUCCAAGUGAAGUAGAGGACUUGACCUUUAGAGCCUGCUUGUCCUGGUCUUUUGAAGUGCACAAAAUUAAGUUACAGAGCUUUCUCCUUGGCUGCAGAAAGGCUAAUUCUCCAAUGGCAAUGCUAGCUGGUAGACAAGGACUUUGUUAGCAAUUUGUUACUAGCUAGGAAUUCUUUCUUCUGGUUUUCUUGAAAUGAUAAAGUUCUGAGCAAAGUCGGUGACUAGGAAUUUCACAUUUUUGUGAAGUCCUAACCAAAUGUCUUACCCAGAUGCCACCUCCAUGGAUGAUGGUGCUUUAGGCUUCUGGAAUAAGUGAGAACAGUAUAUGGAACCGAGCCUAGGCUGAAUACUGGUAAAGCAGGGGAGAUCCCUUUAAAAAGACCACCAGUACUAAAAUAACUGGACACCUGUGCUCCUCCCAGUGUGGAGUAUGCAGAACAAGCCGUUGUUCCUGUGAGCAUGAAGGAGGCUUGAGAUACUUCUACAUGUCUUGAAGGAACUGGAACAGGAUAGGCGACUGCAGCUGCCUUGAGGUACCAUCCUUAGAUCCAACUGAAAUGCAGAGCUAUCCUAAAACCUAGGUGUAUGGAUGAGGCCUGAUGACACCAAAGGUGCUUGUACCCAGUUAAAAAGGUGCCUGUCUCAAUUUCCUACCACAGCUGUGGCAGUUUAAACAAAAUCACAUUCUAGAAACACCUGGUGGAAUUCAAGAGCCACCACCAGCAUUCCAGCCACUCUCAUUUUCUAUCAUUUUAUCCAUGUGCAAUUCCUCUCCCUCCAUUCUGUUUGCCUUUCUUCUCAGCACGGACUCCUCUGUAGGAUGGAGCAGUCUGCUUAGUUAAUCAUUCCUAAUGACAAAAGAGCCCUACUAGGGCUAGUUGAAUUGUAAGCCAAGGCUUAGCAGUCUCGCAGCACUCGGACUAGAGGUGACAUUUUUUUGUUUGCCAUGUGGCCCUGUUGCUGCUGCCAUGCCUCCAUUUCAGUGUCAGCUGCCCAUAGCAGUGAGGCCACAUUGUUGGGUAAGAGUUCAGCCUUGUUCAUCUUACACGUCUGUCCCUAAUUCUUCCUACUGUCCUGUCCUUCUAGCUCAGAAUCAGCGGCACUUGGCACAUUCCUGUGUGUAACCCACCCCUCCCAAGCAACUCAGUGUACCUCAUUUUAAACGUUGUUGAUCCCCGAGUCAAGGACUUUUUUUUUAACCCCCUGUUCUUAUCGUUCCAAAAUCAGAAAUUCUUUUAUUAUCCAGGACUGAGUCGCCAAAGCAUAUUUUGAUUUUUAUCUUUACUAUAUAUAUCAAGGUAGUCACCAGAGUUUUCUCCUUUUAAAUAUAUGGCUCUGGCAUUUUAAUGAAAAAAGAAUGCUUUGGGGUACAUGGUAUCAUAAUCAUGGCUCUGUGACUUGGUGUCUUGUUCCUUCUGUGCCACUGCAUUCUUUGUAUCAGAUGAGAUCCUGCCUGGCCACCCAGUGUAUUGUGUGCAGAUCAGAGUUCUUGUCUGUAUACUUCAGGGUCAGUCAGUACCUUUUUGAUUAGUGAUGCUUCCUCACUAAAGUUGGCAGCACAGGCCAGGUCACUGUGCCUGGUAUUUGAUGGCAAGGGAAGGAAGGUUUGGUCAGAUCUCCUAGAGCAGCAGUGGCAUGGAUCUUGUUUGCCUUCCAGUUGUUGUCUUCAUUAUACACAGACGAGCCAGUGUUAAGGUGCUACUUCAGAGACUAAAUCUAAGAAAUCAGAUAACACUGUGCGAAUGGAUGCUGUCCAGAGGCUAAGCACCUAUGGGCCCUCCAGAUAAUUGACAUUGUCCCUUUGAUACCUCACUCCUUAGAAAUAUCAUUCAUUAACCUCAGUUUCUCAGGAAUCCUUGUAGCUGGUAUGCUAGAAAUAGCUGUAGGGUAUGGUGUCCAUUGUAUGUCCAGUCUUAGGGUUUAGCUCAAUGGUUGCCUGGUUCUUACUGGAGUACUCUACAGGAUUGCUAGCCUAGCACCUGGACACACAGUGGUUCUUGUCUUGAGGUAAAGGGAAGUUCUUUCUGUCAUCGCCAUUCCAUUUCAUCACUUAGAUAAUCCUAAAAACAAAACAAAACAAAAAUAAAAAAACAAAUUGAAUAUAGGGCAGUCUGUCAGUAGCCUCAAAUGACUACAUACCUCAAUGGUAAAAAACUGGAUAAUUUAAGAUUUUAAAAUGAAUUGAGACAAGUUUAUUUUGGUACUGGAAAAGAAAAUAGCCUGAUAUAAGGAAAGCGUUUACAGAAGAACACCAAUAAAUGCCUCAAGAGUGUGAAUUUUCCAAGGAAAUAUAUCUGGAGGAAAUCUAGCCAUGAAGGGAGUUCAUGGACCUGUAAAAGUCUAAACUGCUAAAUUUUAUACCUUCACACCUUCAAUGGAAAGAACUUAAUGUAGUUGCGAGAGCGUGCGCAGUGAGCUCAAUUAGAGAUAGCAAAUGGGACUGGCAAUGUGAAAAAAGCUGUUCCGGAGCAUGUGUACUUCUAUUUGCAGCAGCCUCCUCUCUCUGGCCCCAGUGUCCUGGAGCAGCCAAGCUGCAGAGUAGAGUUGAUGGAGUCUACAGAACAGAGCUCCUCUGGUGGAUUAGCUGGAAUUGAUGAGACUUGGAAUUGGCCAGCUGGCAGAGCAAACAAUUAAUUUGCUGGUUUAACUGCAAAGCAGGCCAGUUGUUCUGGCACUAAAGUCUAGCUCUAAACUCAUUACAGGAAGAGCAGGAGCCUUUGUAAAAAGAUCAGUCUCUAAAUGUGUGGGCUCGACUUUACUGUUCUAAAAUGUUAAUCUUUACAACCACCUGUCUGGGUUCCCUUUAGGGGGACGGGGAGGCACUGAAAAUGAUGACAGGCCUGCUUAACAAAAUGUGCAUCAUGCCAGGUAUGAAGAAAGCCAUCCCGAGUCCCAGUCCAUGUAUCUUGGCAUAAGGUGGACAGAAAAAGUUUAAUUAUGUGCCUCAAAGGGAGAAAAAGACAAAUCAUCCUCAAGUCCAGGAUUCCCAAACUAGCACCUCAAAGCACCAUUUGGCUUCAGGACAGUCUAGUUUUGUGGAAAGGGUCAACAUAAGACAUUUACUUAAGGAGGAACAUACUAUCUGAGGGUCUAGAUGAUGAUGUUCUACCGUUUUUGUUUUAAGCCGCCCUACUAUGACCUUAUUCUAUAUUGGAAAUAUAGCUCUUUUCUCAUUGCAGCUCAGAAGCUGUGUAGGUUUGGAGAUAAGUGGGCACAGCAGAGCUGGGCAAUUGCUGAGCUUUGCUUCAGUUUCAGCCAUUUGUUCCAAGGAGAGAGGUUCUUGGAAAAACGUGUGUUAGCAACUUUAAGCAACUCCCUGUACAUAUGCUGGCCACAUUCUCAUUGCUAAGCAUCUGCAUCUGGGCAAAGUUAUGAAGAGAUGAAGGGUACAAAAUGAAUUUUUCCAUGAUGUUAGUAUGAUUUUGCCAAAUCCUCCAAGAAGGAUGUGAUGUGGAGUUUUCCUUCUUUUUCUUUUUUUCUUUUCUUCUUCUUCUUUUUUUUUUUCUUUUUUUUUGCAUGGGGCCUAUCAGGUUGCCCAGCCCAACCUUACGGUCAAAAAUUCCUACCUCUAAGUUGCUACCAAAGGGUCUUUGGCCUGCAUGUGCACACUUGUCAAAUGAAUGCCCUGGCUAAAGUUUGGCCUUUUGAGGAGAAACAGUGAUGGUACAUACAAGGCAAAACCCGCAAUCUUUCUCUGCCUCAUUUCUUUUGCUCCCAAAUUCAAAUCUCUCCCCAUGUUUAUGAGCAUGUUGUCUGAAUAUGGACUUUGGUGGGUAGGGAGAAGUUGACCCUGAGAACGGAGAAGGGCAACUCCUCUGUUGAUGAGGCCAUUGACAGAUUGCUUACUCCACAGUAGGGGCCAAAGCCAGCAAUCCUUACUGGGAGUGUCGAGAGCUUUAGCUGUGUUAGAUAUUAGUCCAAAUGUGCUGGAAUUUGGGGUAGUGUAGGAUUCCAUGAGAAAAAUGUCAUUUAGUGAAAUGGGGAAGAAGGCAGGACCUGUGAUGGUUUUUUUUAAUUAAAGUGGGAGUGUUCACCUUGCUGUCAAGUAGAGGGUACCUCAGAAUAUAUGAUUCUUCUUCCCUCCACUCACUUUCUUGCCUUUCCUUUCUUCUCCAUUGUCCUGCCUUUUUAGUAUUCAGCCUUUUAUAUAAGUAUUUACUUUUUUUUACUAUAUAUUUGGUCCUUUGGGACUGUGUGAUGAUUAAAUUGUACCAUUCAAGAUAAAAUUAUAUGUUUAAUAUUUUAUUCUCUAAAAUUGUCUUUUGAAGCUAUGCUGCUAUCCAGGUACAGGUCAGAAAGGAAAUGGGCCUGAUAGCAUCUUGGUCAUGUCACCAAAGGGUGACUAUAAUGUCAUGAUGAUGACUCUUCUUUAUUUGACCAAGGCCAGCCUCCUGUUUAUACCUCUGCCCAUUCAUUUCUGGCCAUGGGAAAUAUACCAGCUAUUGGGUGAGCCAUUGAAGCCAGGAGGACCAGAAGGGCCAGGAUCCAGCCCAUGAGCACCACGGGAAUUUCUCUGUAGGAAGCUCAUUUGUAGGGCUGGCUUCAGUCGCAGUAGCCAAAGAAAAUCUGUCUGACUGGACAUUUUAAUUGCUAAGAGUUGGUCAAAGUUCAGCUGAAGCUAAUGCAUAGAUAUCUGUAGUAGCUUGGCAUCCAGACAUGAGCUUCAACCAAAGCUAAUAAAGCCCAAGUUUCCACAGGAAGCUUGGUGCUGAGCUGUUCAGAUCAGUCAUUUACCAGAGUGUUGCCAACCCUUCAGCCAUGCUUUUGUAGCUUUAUCCUCACCUGCUUAUAUACCCAGCCGGAUCCAAAGCUGUGGCUUACUGCUCACUUUGUUCUGCUCCCUGGUCAUGUAUAGUGACAUAGUGUAAAAAGGAAAACAUGGAUUGGGGAGUUAGGUGACCUGGUUUGUAUUCCCUAUGCUUCUACUAAUUAGCCUCAAGAUCUUAACCGCUCUGUGCCUCAGUGUUCCCAUCUGCAAAAUGGGGAUAGUGUAAAUUGCCCUACCUACCUCACAGGGUUGUUGUGAGGAUAAACUGAGACAAUGAAUGGAAAGCACUUUGACAAGUAAGUGCUAUGCAAAUUGUAAGAAAAUGGAAACAAUCACGUUCAAGGCAAUGGAACGGACAUUAGCAGAAAGGUUAAUGGGAUUGUCCAGCCCUUUCUCUGUGUGGCUUAUACCUAGGUUGCCAUUGCUUUAUACAUUUUCACUUAGCACAGAUUUGUAAUUAUGCAUGUAAUAAAGCACAGCCUUAUUCAACUUGA